AUGCGGUGGACGACUCAAGUUUUGUUCGCGGCGCCACUCUUGGCUGCCGGUGCGCUAGCACAAACAUCAUGUACCAAGCUCACCAACGACCUUCCCGCGCCUUCAAUGGCUCCGGGUUAUAUCUCGGACAUUGCACUUGGGGGGCUUAAAUUCCCAAGAGGCAUUCAAUGGGAUACCACAGGCCAUCUGUUAGUCGUAGACCGAGGCGUUGGAAUUUAUAGAUUCUCAGUAGACUCUUGUCUUCACCUGCAGGAUCAAAGGCUUAUCAUCAAUGAUACUGGGUUGAACCAUGGUAUCUCCAUGUCACCAGAUGGAAAGACGUUGUUCGCUACAACGAAGGAUGUCGCAUACUCGUGGUCGUAUGACCCAGAGACCGGCGACGUCGAUAACAGGAAAGCCCUCGUUACUGGCAUGGCCAAUGCUGCCGAAGAUGGUCACAUUACUAGAACUCUUCUAAGCCCUAUCUCGAAGCCCGAUUGGCUCAUCAUCUCUGUCGGAUCCCAAUCCAACGUCGAUGUUAGCACACUCUCUGUCAACUCUGGAAAGGCACAAAUCAGAGCCUUCAAUGUCUCUGAGAUCUCUGAGAAGCCAGUUGUCUUCCAUGAUGCUGGAUUUGUCCUCGGAUGGGGAUUGAGGAACAGUGUCGGUAUUACUGAGGAUAAUGAGGCUCAACUAUGGAGUGUUGAGAACUCCGUCGAUGGAGUCAUGAGAAACGGAGAAGAAAUCCACGAAAACAACCCAGCUGAAGAACUUAACUUCCACGGCUCCCUUCUCGACUCUUCUCCCCGCGGAAACUACGGUUAUCCAAACUGUUACGCCGUUUGGGCCGCCGACGAAAUCCCAGAUCACGCUGGCCUUCAAACCGGCGACCAAUUCGCUCAAAUUGAAAACUCCACUGUCAAUGAUAGCAUCUGUUCCGAACGUUACCAACCACCACGUAUCUCCUUCCACGCUCAUCAAGCCCCUCUUGAUCUCAAAUUCGACGGUGAUGGUCAAGCGUGGGUUGCAUUCCACGGCUCCUGGAAUCGCGCAGAACCAAUCGGAUAUCGUGUCGUUACCGUUGCUUUCGCAAACGGUCAGCCAAAGGAAGCGAACAACUCCCAAUCCGCAGCCAUCGAAAUCAUGGCAAACCCAGAUCUUUCACAAUGCCAAACGGCUUGCUUUAGACCAGUUGGAUUGGCAUUUGACACCGCCGGACAUCUGUGGAUGAGCUCUGAUGCUACUGGUGAAAUCUACGUUAUUCGAAAAGAUGACGGAAGCGGUGUGGCUGCUUUUACUAGCGAUGCUGCUGUUAGCGGACCAACCCCAGGACCUACACCUUCGGGAUCUAGCGACAAGCCGAAUAGCGCUAGCGGAGUUGUAGUUAGCGGAUGGCUAAUGACAGCUAUGGUUGGGUUGGGAAUGUUGGUUUACAUGUUGUAA